UUGCGUGGGUCGGCGAUAGUUCAGCAAGCUGCUUAUGAGCCAGCAUUGUUCCAUCAUCAACAAGAACAAGGAGAAGAAUCUGAAACAGCUCAUCACCCGGCGCGCCACCCUCUGCCAGUAGCUCAACCUCUCUUUCCAUCACCACUUUUGGCCGUUAUUCCCUCGAUCAUCGAGAUGCUUGACGAUCCACAAGUUGACAAAAAUGGCAUAUCUGGAAUACCUCAUGUCACUGCUAAGAAAGUUGAUACUACGAUUCAAUCCUCUGCCCAGUCAAGCAGCGUACUCUCUGCUCAAUUAUUUGGUGAAUAUCGUGUCUUUUACUCUCUUAUUUAA